AUGCCCUUCCCUGCCUCCUGGCCCUGCCUUCCUCCCUGCCUGCUGCUGACUCUCCUGCUGGGCCUCCCAGGAGGGGCAGGUGAGGAGGAGCUGCAGGUGAUUCAGCCUCAGAAGUCAGUGUCUGUCGCAGCAGGAGAGACGGCCACUCUGAGCUGCACCGUGACAUCCCUGACUGUGGGGCCCAUGAUGUGGUUCAGAGGGAUGGGACCAGGCAGGGAGUUAAUCUAUGAUUUCAGAGGAGCCCAAUUCCCCCGAGUAACAAGUGCUGCAGACACCACGAGGAGAAACAACACGGACUUUUCCAUCCGCCUCAGUAACAUCACCCCAGCAGACACAGGGACCUACUACUGUGUGAAGUUCCGGAGAGGAACCGGUGAUGACAAGGAGUUCAAGUCUGGAGCAGGCACUCAGCUCAGCGUGAGUGCCAAACCCUCUCCCCCUGUGGUAUCGGGCCCCACGGGCAGGUCGCCGCCUGGACAGACAGUGAGCUACACCUGCAAGUCCCACGGCUUCUCCCCGAGAAACAUCCUCCUGAAAUGGUACAAGGACGGGAAUGAGCUGCCAGCCUCCCAGACCACCGUGGACCCGUUGGGAGACAGCCCUUCAUACAGCAUCUCCAGCACAGCCAGGGUGCUGCUGGCCCCAGGGGAUGUUCGCUCCCAAGUCACCUGCCAGGUGGCCCAUGACACUCUACGGGGGGACCUGCCUCUUCGCGGGACUGCCAACCUCUCUGAGGCCCUCCGAGUGCCACCCACCUUGGAGGCCACCCAGCAACUCAUGCCAGGGAACCAGGAGAACAUCAUCACCUGCCUGGUGAGGAACUUCUACCCCCAGCGCCUGCAGCUGACCUGGCUGGAGAACGGAAACACGUCCCGAACAGAAACGGCCUUGAGCCUCGUAGAGAACCAGGACGGGACCUUCACCAGGAGGAGUUGGCUCCUGGUGAACCAGUCUGCCCACAGGGAGGGUGCGAAGCUCACCUGCCAGGUGGAGCACGAUGGGCAGCCGGCCGUCUCCAAAAUCGUCACUGUGGAGGCCCCGGCGCCCCAGAAGGACCCAGAUGUACCCGCUGGUCCAGGGACAUCUGCUGUUAUCUUUGUGACUUUCCUCCUUGGCUUCAAGGUGCUGCUCAUGAUGAGUUUCACGGUUACCUACAUCCACAGGUGGAGGACCCUGUAG